CGUAUCCCGGUGUGGCCGGGCGUAGAGUAGGUCUGUGCCUUGUCCCAGGUCCUGCUGCGUCCGUGGGGUUGGCCUGUGCCAUGAUCCAGGGCUUGCUGUGUCCAUGGAGUGGGUUGGUGCCAUGUCCCAGUUCCUACUGUGUCCAUGGAGUGGAUUGAUUCUGUGUCGCACGUCCUGCUGUGUCCAUGGGGUUGGUCUGUGCCAUGUUCCAGUUCCUGCUGUGUCCAUGGACUGGGUUGAUGCCAUGUCCCAGAUCCUACUUCGUCUAUGGAGUGGGUUGAUGCCGUGUCCCAGGUCCUGCUGUGUCCAUGGGGUUGGUCUGUGCCAUGUUCUGUGUCCUUAUGUGUUCAUGGGGUUGGUCUGUGCCAUGUCCCAGUUUCUACUGUGUCCAUGGAGUGGGUCAGUGCGAUAUCCCAGGUCCUCCUGAGUCCAUGGGGUUGGUCUGUGCCAUGUUCCAGUUCCUUCUGUGUCCAUGGACUGGGUUGAUGCCAUGUCCCAGAUCCUACUUUGUCUAUGGAGUGGGUUGAUGCCAUGUCUCAGUUCCUACUGUGUCCAUGAAGUGGGUCAGUGCAAUGUCCCAGGUCCUUCUGCAUCCAUGGGGUUGGUCUGUGCCAUGUUCCAGUUCCUACUGUGUCCAUGGGGUUGGUCUUUGACAUGACCCAGCUCUUGCUUCAUCCGUGGAGUGGGUUGAUGCCAUGUCCCAGAUCCUAUUGCAUCUAUGAAGUGGUUCUUUUCCUUGUCCCAGGUCCAUGGGGUUGGUCUGUGCCAUGACCCAGGUCUUACUGUGUCCAUGGAGUAGGUUGAUGCCAUGUUCCAUGUCCUACAGUGUCCAUGGGGUUGGUCUGUGCCAUGUUCCAUGUCCUACAGUGUCCAUGGGGUUGGUCUGUGCCAUGUUCCAUGUCCUACAGUGUCCAUGGGGUUGGUCUGUGCCAUGUUCCAUGUCCUACAGUGUCCAUGGGGUUGGUCUGUGCCAUGUUCCAUGUCCUACAGUGUCCAUGGGGUUGGUCUGUGCCAUGUUCCAUGUCCUACUGUGUCCGUGGGGUUGGUCUGUGCCAUGUUCCAUGUCCUACUGUGUCCAUGGGGUUGGUCUGUGCCAUGACCCAGUUCCUACUGUGUCCAUGGAGUGGGUCGAUGCUAUGUCUCAGUUCCUGCUGUGUCCAUGGGGUUGAUCUGUGCCAUGGCCAGAUCCUGCUGCGUCCAUGGAGGGGAUCUGUGCUGUGUCCCAGGUCCUCCUGCACCCAUGGGUGGGUUUAUGCUGCAUCCCAGGUCCUCCUGUGACCAUGGAGUGGGUCCGUGCAGUGUUUCGUUUCCUCCUGCAGUUGUGGCUUAGAUGUGUACCGAGGGAUGGGGACACGCUGUGCUUGUGGGGUGGCUCUGUGCCAUGUCCCAGGUCCUCCUGUGUUUGUGGGGUGGUUUUGUGCCUUGCCCCGAGUCCUCCUGUGGCUGUAGUGUAGAUGUGCGCUAUGGGACGGGGACACGCUGUGCUCACGGGGCGGCUGCGUGCCGUGUCCCUGCUCACCCUACACCCGUGGGGUGGACGUGUGCUGCAUCAGCCCCAGCCCUCGAGGGAGACGUGCAGCAAAAGUCCCAGCAGAGACACCGCAGCUACGCGCCCUACUGACCCCAAUACUGAUGAAAUCCUGUGGCUUUUGGCUGAGCCGUGCCGAGAGCGUUCUGCUCUGUGCUGAAACGUGAGGAGCGGCAGCCUGGGGGAUCUGCUUCUUGCCUGUCCCAUGGGAAACCCUCCUCAGCUGGAGCCUCUGACUCAGCUGACCCCAUAACAUCCAGCCCGGCCCUGGUUUCUGGGAAAAGCCAAUCUCAGAGGGAUCCUCCUUGGAGAAGCCGUGCUUCGUCCCAGCCCCAUUGCGUGCAAACAAGUAAACACGGUGUGAGUGGCCAGCCUGGGUCAGUGAGAGGUCUGUGCAGCCCCGCAGGAGAUGUGUGGGAAAGGGUUUGGGGUGGCAACGUUCAGGUCGUAAAUAGAAAGAAGCAAUUGGGAUCAGCGGAGCCUCCAGGCAGGAAGCCAGGACCUGACGCAGGGACUGUCACACGUCCCCAAGGCUCAGGGUCACCCAUCACCUGUGGAGCCACCCUCCCUUAAUUGCUCCCAACUUUUGGGAGCGGAACCAAGAGUUAAUUAUGCUCCUAAUCUGCUCAAACACCCCUAAUCCUGCCUGGCUCCGUGAGGAAUGCUCGGCAUUUGCUGCUGGCUGGGCCACCUGGGGGCGAGCGGGGCGAUCCCAUGGCCCUGCCUUUAUCCAGGUGGAUCCGUGGGGCUGAGGGCGGCCUCACCCCAUCCCAACCAGCGUCCUGGAUGGACGCAGCAGGAAGCUCACAUCCCUCCGAGCCGGCACGUUGGGUCCGUUAUCCCGACCCCAUACCUGGAGCCGCUUCCUCCGGCGCUGGGAAGAGCGAGGCUGUGCCAGGAGGCUGUGGAAAAUUCCACCCUGCGAGGGCACGCGAGGCUCCACGGUCCCUCCGGGACCACGUUUGGUUGGAGCAGUGCUGAACAAAGGGCUGAUUUUAUGGGUUUGACCUCAUCUCCUUCUGGCCCCGCUCUGAGGGCGAAGGCGAGCGGUGUCUGCCUGUAUUCUUGUCCGCUUGCAAUGCUGAGCACGUGAACUUCCUACACUAAAACCAACCCUGCCCUCCUCCUCCUUUCUUCCUCCCAGUUCUCUCCUCUGCAUACGUAGGCAGAUGUCUGUGCGUGCUUGCUGUUUGCCCUUUCCUUCAGGCUGUGGCUUUGCUACCUGCGAGAUGCGUUCGGGAUCGCGAGCGCAGAGCGGGCGUCUCUUUGGGCGAAGCUGGAUGCUGCAGAGCAGUGAGUCAGCUCCUAUGAAGCCGAAGUUGGCCAAGACGUCUGGCCGUCUUCGCAGACAGAAAAGAGGGAAAAAUCCCACUUUCGGAUGAUUUUUCUUUCCCUUUCUUUGGCAGCGCCUCUUUGCUUUCUGCCCUUGAGGUCCGCAGGUUGGUUUUUGGCUUGGAUGGGAGCUCCCAGCUGAGGAUGCUCAGGUUGGGAUGCGUGGGGUGGGGGUGCCGGGCUCCUCCUGCCUCCACAUGGCUCCCAUUAGCUUUAUUUUCCCUGGAUCGCUGUGUUUAUACGUGGGUCACUUAGCAACUGCUGGGCCCGGCACGUUCCUCCCCACUUCCUAUUGCUUACAAUGAAACCUGUGGCCCCAAACCCUUUGCCUGGUGAUGCUCCACGGAGCUGCUCCCGUUCUGCAGAUGGACAAACCGAGGUGGGAACGGUUGGGAUGGAUAUGGGAUUCCUGCGUCUUUUACCAGGUCUCCCUGAUCUGGUGCCCGACCCCAACUACGUGCAAGCAUCCACCUAUGUGCAGCGAGCUCACCUGUAUUCACUGCGCUGCGCCGCCGAGGAGAAGUGCCUGGCCAGCACCGCCUACACCCCCGAAGCCACAGACUACGACGUGCGGGUGCUGCUGCGGUUCCCGCAGCGGGUGAAGAACCAGGGCACGGCCGACUUCCUGCCCAGCCGCCCCCGGCACAGCUGGGAGUGGCACAGCUGUCACCAGCACUACCACAGCAUGGAUGAGUUCAGCCACUACGACCUGCUGGAUGCCACCACGGGAAGGAAGGUGGCCGAGGGUCACAAGGCCAGCUUCUGCCUGGAGGACACCACCUGUGAUUUCGGCAACCUGAAGCGCUACGCCUGCACCUCCCACACCCAGGGCUUGAGCCCCGGGUGCUACGACACCUACAACGCCGACAUUGACUGCCAGUGGAUUGAUAUCACAGAUGUGCAGCCGGGGAAUUACGUCCUAAAGGUCCAAGUGAACCCCAAAUACAUCGUCUUGGAGUCAGACUUCACCAACAACGUGGUGCGGUGCAACAUCCACUACACUGGCCGCUACGUCGCCACGACAAACUGCAAGAUCUCCCAGUCUUGAGCUGAGCGGGGCUGCCCAGGAUCCUCCAGUGCCCCACCACGAGCCCAAAACCACCUCAAAACACCACCCCUGACUGCUUCACAUUAUCCAGAGAGAAGCAAGAAUGACUGUUUGAAAUAUUUUUAUACUUAACUUUUCUUUAACCUGCGUUGUUUUACUGUUUUCUGAUGGAAGCUGAUGAUAAGCUUUGGCUGGAAUAAUGGAAGGUUUGCUACCGCGCUGGCAGACCGCAUGUUUAGCAAGAGGGAGCUUGGUAGUUUAAACCUUCCUGUAUUUUGGGGGUUUCAAACAAUGCCACACACCCCACACCGCCUCCCAGGGGGAUGAAGACAGCAAAGUUGGAGGCGCUUCCCCAGAAACGUGGGCUCUGUGCACAGCCCUCAGGACAACAGGACGCCUAGUUUAUUAUUGAAAUCAUUAUUUUCCACGAGCUGUAAAAAAAUAAAAAUAAAAAAACAACAAAAAAAAACCCGACAAACAACAACGAAACCCAUUAAAA